AUGCUUGGCGGGUUUUUUCAUAAGCGCAAGAAGAGCCAAGAUCUGCGGCCCCCGUCGCUUCAGGAUGUUAAGAAAUUUCGAGAUACAUACGCCAAAUAUGCUGAGCUCAGACAAGUUGGAGCGCCCCCAUGCUUUGAAAAGAGCAUUUACAAAGCCAUCGCCGGCCAGAAAGAGCUUCACACCGUCGAAUUUAGACUUGAAGAUAUCACGGAUCCACAGAUAAUUGCGUUGGCGGAAGCGCUAGUAGAGAUGCCAAUCAUUUCGGUGCUCGAUUUGAGAGACAACCGAAUUACUGAUGACGGUGCUAAAGCUCUACUGGAAGUUCUUCGGAUGCAAAUUGUCGCUGCGAAAACUUCACUAACAAUCGACUCUCGAUCGAAGCAACCACUUUAUCCGCCUAUGCCUGAGUACACACGGUACGUGACGAAUGUAAAUCUGAAAGGCAAUGAGGUAUCGGCCUCUGUUGUCCAAGAAUUCUCGCAAUACGUGGAUGUUCUGCGUCGGGAAGAUAAACGACUGGAAAUCCGUGCAGCUCUCAAUCAAAUCGACCGCAAUAACGACGGUAGAAUUGAUGAGGAAGAGUUCAAAGGUGUACUUAAACUUCUUACUGCAUCCACGCCGACGAAGAAGGAAAUCCGAGCUUUUAUGCAACAACACACUCUCUCUACAGACAACGCACAAAGCGUUGUCAAUCUGGAAAGUGUUCUUCUAGCCAAGUGCGCAGUAUCACCGUCUAGACAUUCCGCAUGUCCGCCGUGGGAGUCAUUAGUUCAAGAACGUCACGCCGUUUUAGGGGCUCCUCGGAUGGCUUCGACAAUGGUAUCUACGACUCCAGAGUCUCCUGAUUCUUCUUCGUCUAAAGCUCGCGUGAGUCGAUCCAGUGUUAAAUCCUCGAGUGAAAGAAGCGUUGGUCCGUCUGUUCAACGCGGCAAUUAUUCGGACGCGUCUCCCUUAUCGUCACCUCCAUCCCAAGCAGCUCCUGUCUCGUCUCUCGAGACCAAGCCACCACCAACUCCAGUAACCAGUAUCCCGGUAGUUACUCAACAAGUGGCGCCGAAGGUAUCAGAAUCGAAGAAUGCAGCGUUACCAUCGGAUCAACCGGCCCAUUCCACGAACUCCCCGCAAGUACCUAUGCUCCCGCUGUCCUCUGUGCUACAGCAUAACACGGGUCCCAGCCCACGUUCUGCUCGAUCAAGCUUUGGUGACGGGCUACGAAACCCGUCGCUAACAGGACCCAGCUCCGGUAUCCCUGCACCCUCCUCGCCCCACGAGUCCGAUUUCAGUGACAGUAUGAGUUUCGUAUCCCCAACACUUGGUGGAUCUAUAUCGCAACGUAUUUCGGAGGAUCACUCUUUGACAGAACGCAAGGCUCAUGUAGCUACGAAUAAUUCGUCACCAACAAACGUGGACUCAUCACGCUGGCGAAGCGAACGCUUUUCAGGAAAGGAUGACGAAGCUGCUAGUAAUGGUGGCGUUCGUGGUGCUCUAGAAGCAUCGGAUGUACCAAACAGUGGCAACUUUGAUGACGAUGUGCGUUCGGUCACUAGUCACAACCCGUUAAAGGCGACCUUCAUAGCUGGAAGCACCAAUGACAACAACAACGACGAUCAAGUCGAAAAACGUAUUGAUUCUACGAUAUUUGACGUAACAAAGGACGGUAAAGAGCGCUCAGUGGUGAAACUCAUUCAUUCGGAAUUCAGAAGCGGCCUAACUGUGAAGGAUUUCCCAGUCGAUCUCCCAUUCAGAAACUUGUUGGCUCUGCUUCUCCCCGACAAUGGUCUUUCAGAUCUUGCAUUAUUUAAUAAGUGUCGCUUUUCAUUCGUGACGGUACUCGAUUUGUCACGAAACAAACUGGGCAAACUACCAGACGACGGAUUAAGUGCCUUUCCACGACUGGAAGUGCUGAAUCUGGCAGAAAACCAGCUGAAAAUCAUUUCCGGACUCACCAAGACAUUUCAACUCCGGGCUCUUGGUCUGAAUCACAACUGCAUUCGAAUCGUGAAGAACAUUGAACAUCUUACACAGUUGGAGAUACUGGAGUUAGCUCACAAUGGAAUUGCUACCGUCCACGCUCUUCGGAUAUUAUCGCUCAACAACAAGCUGACUCACUUGAAUCUAGACGGUAACUCUGUUGUCGACACGGACGAACGUCAAAAGCGAAAGAAUAUUGUUCAUGUUCGGAAUCUUGUACCUGCUCUUCAAUUACUGGGUUCAAUCCCGUUGGCCCACACCAAGAAAGUGAGCAGUGAUACCAAUACCGGUAAAGGAAUAUUCGAAAACGAUCUACUUCCGGACUACAAGACGUUGUGGGUCUCAACUGCGUGUGACACGCUUCACAUUAUACAAGACGCUCAAAGCCACAGUGCAUACCACAGUCAUUAUGACGAUGAGUGGGAUGCGAGGGAUGAAGAUGGAGAGGGUCGACCUAAUAAACCACUAACUCGAGAGCAACAACGGCACAAAGAUGAGCUCAGAAGUCGAGCACCAGGGUUUCGAUCACGAGGGAAGGCUAUGCCUUCACCUCCAAAGGUUAAGACGUCUGUAUUCAGCUUUGGUCCAUCCCAGCAACCCCCUGUAAGGAAGAAAAAGAAAAAGCCAGCUCCGGCUGACCCCAGCGUUGUGAGAGAACAGCAACGUCGAGCUAGUGAACUCAGUGCACCCAAGUAUGCUCCAGUUGAUAAAACCUUGAUGCACCAGGAGCAGCAAAGAAAAUCUCGAGUUGAUUUCCACGCAGCAAUGACAGUCGGAGAGCGAUUGCAACUUGCACAAGAUAUGACCCAACGACGACCCACUGCAACAGUAGGUCUGAGUGCUAGAUCACGAUCAAUACUAGCAAAAGCAGAGAGCCGCAAACGAGUGAGUAUGGAGUCAGCGAUGACUAUUGUCGAGGAAGCAACGGAAGCAGAAGAACACUAUGAGAUUACGUCUCGACCCUCCAGUCCCCAACCUUCUCCAAUGAAAAAUGCACUGGUGUUCCGUAUCGACCCAGCGGAUACCCCUCACUCACCAAAAGCUCUUACGUUCCGCAUCGAUCCUUAUCCUGUUGGACCGUGUCAACAACCUAGCUCACCAAAACCAACCGAAGCAAAGGAAGCUGGUUUCUUGCACGACCUCGCCGUCUCGGACUUUCUGAGUCAUGCCGAAGAGGAGUUUUCAACUGCGCUUACUGCUCUUAACGUUUUGCUCGCUAUCAGUGAAAAGGAGCAGGGGGAUCGACAUAAAUUGGCAGAAUAUCGCGCUAGUCUUGACGCAUUGGACAUUCUCAAUGCAAGUGAGAGUCACGAAUUGUACAAAAAAGCUCAAGGCCACGCGGAUACUGAACUUGCAGCUCAAUGUAUUGAAUGGUUUACCAAGUUAGGCGUCGUGAAAAAGUGCAUGCGUCAGCUUUUGGAGAAACUAGAAAUGCAUGCUCCGGGCUCCGGCGUAAUUCGAGCCUACUGUCGGUGUCUCCGCUCUAAUGAACUGCGUGGAAUUAUCGCUGCAAUAUUUAAAUCCCAAGAAGAUAUCACGAUGGAUAUUCAGAUGAACGAAAUCGAUAGCAAUCACAACACCAAAAAAACGCCAUGGGAGGUCAACUCUACCGAAGAUAACGAACACUCUAACAUCGUCGAUAAUUCAGCAGCUAGCGCAAUUGAAGAACCAAUCGACUCAUCAACAACUCAAAACGAGGACUUUGGCUGUCUUGCCACGUCGACGAAAGUCAGCACUGACACUACAGAGGCAGAUUCAUUUGAGCAAGAAAUUAAUGCUGUUUCAGGAGACGAAGCUGACGACGUAGCUUUUGAAGAACAAGCUGGGGCAGACCAAGGCUACGAUUGGUCUAACACUGAGGUCAACGAAUCAACUUUUGAAGAGGGAACUAAAUCCGCCCAGGAAGUUAACGAUGAAAUCGAUGAAAACGUCAGUUAUACGGGUGAAGGUGAAGUAGCGAUUGAGGAGACUGAAGCAGCAGAAGGUCAGCUCGAGAUCGGAGAUGGAGUCGACGCGGACGACGAAGAGGCUGAAUUGUUUGGCGACUGGGAAAAAGGCUUCGAUCCCAUUUCUAACCAUUACUUCUGGUUUAACCACAACACUGGAGAAAGCUCGUGGACUCCGCCGGAGGGGUGGCCGUACGAAGUCGACGAACCGUUCAGUGCUGAAGACGAAACUGGCGGGGAGGUAGAGCAGCAAGAGCAAGGGUAUGGGUACGAAGAGGGAGCUACAGAAGCCCAUGAGUACGGACAAACCACUGCUGAAGAUGAAGCCUAUGGCAAAGGCGCGACGGACGGCCACUACUACGAAGAGGAGGCAACAGAAGCUCAGGAGUACGCCACUGAAGGUCAGGGAUACGACGAAGGUUCUCCAAGACACAGCGAAGUGUCCGACUUUGAGUUUGAUGAUAGUGAUUUGCCAGAUUUCUGA